UUCCUGACAAGGUAGUGGUUAGAGUGAAGAAUCAGAAAAUGGCUAAGAAGGAAGAAUUCUACUAUGGAAAAAAUGGUGAACCCAGAAAAUUUGAUCCAAAGUUCAGCGGACCUAUUCACAACAGGCAUUGCACAGAUGUACUGUGCUGUGGGAUCUUCGUUGUUGUCAUCCUGGGUUACAUUGCAUUAGGAAUUGUGGCCUGGGUACAUGGUGACCCAAGAAAAGUAGCAUAUCCAACUGACAGCUAUGGGCAAUUCUGUGGUCAAAAAGAUACACCUAAUGAGAACAAGACAGUUUUAUUUUACUUUAACAUUCUGAAAUGUGCCAGCCCUAUAGUGCUAAUAAACCUACAGUGCCCUACAACACAGCUUUGUGUCUCAAAGUGCCCAGACAGAUUUGCAACCUACAUAGAAAUGCAAUCUUCCUACAGAAGUUAUUGGGAGUACUACAAACAGUUUUGCAAGCCUGGGUUUACUAAGCCACGGAAGUCUGUGGCCCAAGUUAUGCGUGAUGAAGAUUGCCCUUCUAUGAUUAUUCCAAGCCGGCCUUUUCUUAAGAGGUGCUUUCCUGAUUUCUCUACUAAAAAUGGUGUUCUGACUGUGGCCAAUCAAACUACUUUCAAAGAUGGAAGAGGAAAAACACGGAAUGUAACUGAUCUCAGGGAAGCAGCAAAUGGUAUCAAUAAUGUUCUUGAUGCAAGAUCAGUUGGGAUGAAAAUUUUUGAAGACUAUGCGAGCUCUUGGUACUGGAUUUUAAUAGGGCUGUUUAUUGCAAUGGUAGUCAGCUUGCUCUUCCUUGUGCUUCUGAGAUUCAUAGCAGGGGUUCUCUUCUGGAUUUUCAUCUUUGGUGUAAUUGGGAUUAUAGGAUAUGGUAUCUGGCAUUGCUACUGGGAAUAUGAUCGCCUUCAUGGAAUACCUGGUUCUGACCUUACCAUCUAUGAUAUUGGAUUCCAGACAGAUUUCAGAGUCUAUCUGCAACUGAGGCAAACAUGGUUAGCAUUUAUGAUACUACUUUGUAUAGUGGAAGUUGUCAUUAUAUUGAUGUUAAUAUUUCUGAGAAAUCGAAUCCGGAUUGCGAUUGCCCUUUUGAAAGAAGGUAGCCGGGCAAUUGGCUACAUCAUGUCUACAUUAUUCUAUCCAAUAAUAACCUUUAUUUUGAUUGCAAUCUGCAUUUCAUACUGGGCAGUGACAGCUGUUUUCCUGGCUACAUCAGGAGAACCUGUGUACAAAGUCAUGGCUAAUCAAAGCUUAUGCAAAUAUGCAAAUUUGACCUGUUACCCAGAGACUUUCAACACUACCAACGUGAGCAAACUAUGUCCAGGGGCCCAGUGUACGUUUGCUUUCUAUGGUGGAGAAAGUCUAUACCACCGCUACAUCUUAGUCUUUCAAAUUAUCAAUGUGUUUGUCUUUCUCUGGCUGGUCAACUUUGCGAUUGCAUUGGGUCAAUGUACCCUUGCUGGUGCCUUUGCGUCUUACUAUUGGGCCUUUCGAAAACCUGCUGACAUUCCAUCCUGCCCGCUCUUUUCUUCAUUUGGACGAGCGAUACGAUAUCAUACAGGUUCUUUAGCAUUUGGGUCUUUAAUUCUUGCAGUGGUCCAACUAAUUAGAGUAAUCUUGGAAUAUCUGGAUCACAAACUUAAGGGCUCACAAAAUGCAUUUGCUAAGUUCUUGCUUUGCUGCCUCAAAUGCUGUUUCUGGUGCUUGGAAAAAUUCCUUAAAUUUAUCAACAGAAAUGCUUACAUCAUGAUUGCAAUCUAUGGUAAAAACUUCUGCACCUCAGCAAGGGAUGCGUUCUUUCUGCUCAUGAGAAAUGUGGUGAGGGUUGCAGUCCUGGAUAAAGUAACAGACUUCUUAUUAUUCCUCGGUAAAAUCCUUGUUGCUGGAGGUGUGGGUGUCCUAGCCUUCUUUUUCUUCACACACAGGAUACCAGCAUUUACACAAGAAGCACCAUCACUGAAUUACUAUUGGGUCCCGCUCUUGACUGUCAUUAUAGGCUCUUAUCUAGUUGCACAUGGAUUCUUCAGUGUCUAUGCAAUGUGUGUUGAUACACUUUUCCUCUGUUUUUGUGAAGAUUUGGAAAGGAAUGAUGGAUCUACAGCAAAACCCUACUACAUGUCAGCUAGUCUGCACCGAAUUUUGGGGAAGAAGGAACUGAGUCCAAAAAAGUUAAUGGGAUAAUGCUCAAAAUGGCAACAGUGUUAGUUUCAAGGAAGGAAAACAAUUAAAAAGCAGGAUGCGUAUAAUUUAGACAAAAGAUUUUUUUAAGUAUGAUGCUUCUGGUUAAUAAAUCAUUUGUGUUGCUUUGUACUAUCUAAAAAUAAGCAAACGGGCAACAUUUUAAAGAUGUCUUUUAACAGCUGUGAAACAAGGUCACAUCAUAGUUUUUAUAGAGUGCCUAUGGGUAAGUGUAAAUGUGAAGCUUCUUUUUUUUAUCUUUAGCUCUUAGUGUUUUAAUAACUUUUCUAACCUGAGAUUUUGCUGUUUGAAAUGACAGCCAUUUUGAUAACUUUUUUUAUAGGUGUAUAUUUGUAAAGGAUAUUCAGGCAAUUUUUCGAAGCACUACAAUGAAUCCUAAUUAGCCAUAAACAAAUCAAGAUUAUUGGUAACCAGCAGGUGGUCCUAAAUUUGUAAGGAUGGUGCUAUGGCUGUAUUUUUACUGUACGUGCUGGUUGACAGCUAUUUAAACUGUGACUAAAAUAUACUAAUGGUUCCCUAUGAAAAAGGGCACAUUGCUAAGUCAGUUUCCUCCUAAAAAUGGUGUAUGCUGAGAUGGAGAUAAAUUGGGAUCCUGCUGAUUUAUCUCAAAAAAGAUAAUGAAGGGUAAAGAUUUUUAAAAUAUCUUCAGUAUUUUUUUUAAAAAAAACGAUUAUGCCAAUAUCUAUGUUUAGUUUCAAAAAAAUUUAAGUCAAGCAAUAGCCUCUGCUCGUCAUCAGAUGCAAUAUUUAUGAGUGCAGUUGCAAAAUAUUAUUAGUGAUACUGGUUAAGAGUGCCAUGAUUUAGUCUGUGCUAUGUAAACAUUUUUUCCUACAUGAAAUAUCCAUAAAAUAAAAUGCAAUACUAUUUUUUUCUAUGGAAGAAAUCCUUCUAGACUAACUCAGUCUUCCCUAACCUGGUCUUCUGGAGAUUUGUUGGAACUUCUGUUCCAGAAUUCCCCACCAGCCCAGUCUUUGGUCAAUGCAUCUUUUGAAGGUGCCAGGUUGGAGAAGGCUGAUCUGGUUCUAAAAGCCCCAGUUCAUUAGCGUUUCCUCAUAAGUUUUCCUCCUUCUCUGCUGCUGCUAGACAAAGAAAAAGAAUUAAGGAUUGUUGCCUUUAGGUCCCGCUUGCACUAUUUACAUGAACAUGUGAUCAUUUUUCAUACAGACAGGAAAGAGAAGAGAGAGAGAUGUAAUAUGAAUGAGUAUUCCUUUUAAUUGAAGUAAGAACUGAUCUUGAGUCUCAUACAAAAAGACCUAAUGAGUAAAUAUCAAAAAUUAGUAUUCUGCAUCAUAAAACAGAACAUGCUCUAGAAUUUUACCUGCAAAGAAAAAUGCAAUUUUCUUAUUCAGAUUUGGAAUUUAAAAAGCAAUUAUACCAUAAUCCCAUUUUAUGUUAGUAAAAGCUGGGGAGAGAACAUAUCCUAAGGCAGGAGAGCUUCAUCACAGUCAUGGUGCUUACUUAGGAGUUGUCUCAUGUGAACUUUUAUUUCUGCUAAACAUUAAAACAAUAGAUGGCCUUAGUUAUGCUGUUGCUCCUGGGUCAUGAGAGGCUUUGAAAUUAAUAUGACAUAUUAUAUUUAAAAAAAAAACAUGUCAUGAAUUCUAUUAUUCCAUCAUGAUAUAAUCAUCUAUUGUUAAGUCAGGGGUAAUUGGCUUCAAUUCCAAUUGAAGCUUGUGUCCAAAUUUGCUUUGAGGAUUCUACUUUUCCUCUAACUUGUUGCACAAGUGCCAGGCUUACCAUUCAAAAAUUGGACUCUCCAAAAUUAAUUCAAAUGAACUUCCUAGUUCUACAUUAGGCUGGACUUGGUUUUAAGAUAAUGGGGGAGUCCAACAGGUACUGCAGUUGAUUUGUAUUUAAUUGGACUGAUAGAGAAUCCCUAGGUGUUUGUUUUUAGCAUUUCUGCCCCUUCUGUUGCAAACAAGAAGGUUUUCCUGGAAGCCCAUUCUGUUAAAAGAAGAGACUUACUUCCAGAUGAGAAUAUUUUUUGAGGAAGGUGCUUAAAUCAUUUAUAUUCCAAAGGAACUGAGAGAACUACCAAUCUGAAAUAAAUUAUGUAUAUGCACUCAGCUGAAUGUCCAUUUUGGUGAGUAGAUGUAUUUUUUCACCAGACAAAUAUAAUUCAUCCCGAUUUCCACUCAGUCAGCUUUACUGGAGGAGGGACUAUUUCGCUAAUUCUACCUACUUAAGCAAAAACUGUUCUGGAAGGUUGGGGAACUCUCUGAGACAACAAGAGAGAUGCAGGAGGAACCAGGAACUGCUGAGAAUCAUUUGCCCUUCCUUCCUCAGCAGGAGACUCCAGAAGUUUCUGCCUUCCCCAGUGGAAUGGUCCCUUCCAUUUAGAGGCAGGCAACUCUGGGUCCCAUCUGUAUUACUAAAACUCAGAGCAAAUUGGUUUCCCUGGAUGCAGAUGUCCCAGUCAAAAGAUGCAUAGAGCCUCCUCACUAGAGCAAUCACUGAGCAGUUGAGUAUAAGCAGACAUCUACUGGGAAUGCCUCUAAAAGGCAACUUUUAUCCAUGGAGGAGAGUACUCCUCAACACAUAGAGCUGGUUUCCGAUUUAAUCAUAUUUAAUUCAUCAUCAAAGAAACUUAAGUUUUCCAGUUGUGAUCCCUGCUCAAACAUUUAACAAUGGCAAUAUGUGAACACAGCUAGUGUGUUGCCCACAUAGUAUUAAUAUCUUGAGAUAUAUAAUAAGCAAAACCACUGGCUUAGUCAUUGCUAUGUAAGUCCUUGCAUGUUAAAUCUUAGGAUUAGUCUUAAAUGUUGUCAACUGAGAUAAAUUCAUGAUAUUCAUUUCAAAAACAGCAAGUCUACGCUUGAAGUCACAAUGCAACCCAGAGUAAGGUGUCCCUAAUACUAGAUUGUUUCUAGAUUAUUAGAACUGAUUCUAAUAAUUAUUAGAACAGGGAUGACAACUGGAAAACAUGGCUUGUUGUUGUCUCAAUGAUUACAACAGGGGCUUAGCAAUCAAUCCAAAGAACCUAACAUAAAGGAGGAAAAGCAAACUAAGAAUUUGCCAAAGAAGCCACAGUUACUUUUUUCACAUGCAACCUUUAUUCUGGCUUGUUUUUUAUUUAACAAGCCAUGGUUAAAAUAAACUGUGAUUUAAUAUGAUGUGUGAGCGCAGCCGGUAGGCUGUACUUGAACAAGUAAACCCAGUGUGAAAGGUAAUGGACAAAUGCCCUCAAGGGAAACAUUCUAGAGUCGUCUUAUUAAUUAAGCAACUGAAAAACUGUGAAAAUGCUAAGCAAUAGCACUGAAAUUUGGUUGCCAUUCAGUCCUUUGAAAUGUUCAAUAAUGGCAAAGUAUACAUCCGAUAGACAAAAUUCCUGAAUAUCUUUCUCAGAAAUGAAUGAGCAUUAAUGUGCAAACUAAGUAAUAAUUUAUUUUUGAAAGGCAAAUAGCUUUGAACUUUGACUGAUGUGUUUCUUAAUCCUUGGGACAAACCCUGCUGUUUGUUAUAGUGUCCGUUUUAUGCAUAUAGUGCUUUAACAUAAAGCUAAAGCUUGAUAAAAUGCACUUCCUUGCUUUAGAGAAGUCAUAAUACUAGACAAAUCAUUUCUUGAUGAGAUGAUAAUUUUGAAAUAGGCUUGGAUCCUGCACUCAUUCUAGUCAAUGGCAAGGCAAAGGCCUUCUUGAUUGAACUGGUGCAGCGUCUGGCCCAUCUGAUUCUAAAGGGCUGAUUAUAUUAUUGCGCCAGUGUUUACAGUAUGAUAAAUGCCAAAACAUCCCACAUGUAAUAUAGAUUGCAAGGCGUUUGCUGUUGUGCACAAAAGGGCCAGCAGAUGGAAGUAUUGGAUUGGUUUGAUUUUUUGCUGUCUGCCUUUCUUCCUCCUAGUGGAAGAUUUAGAAAGUCAGGAUGGUUCUACUGAAAGACCUUAUUACAUGAGUAAAUCUCUGCUGAAGAUUCUGAACAAGCAUAACGUGCAAAG